AUGGCAAUAAUUAAGAGAGGUGUCCGGAAUAAGACAGCUCAGCCACCUGUUAAGAGGUCAGCAAACAUUAAGAAGGCGACGUUUGAUUCAGGUAAGAAAAAGGAGGUUGGGGUUUCUGAUUUGACGCUAUUAUCGCAGAUAACAGAUUCCCAUAUCAAUGAGAAUUUGAAGAAGAGGUUUCAAAAUGGUACAAUUUACACAUAUAUUGGGCAUGUGUUGAUCAGUGUGAAUCCAUUUAGAGACUUGGGUAUAUAUACGGACCAAGUGCUAGCGACAUAUAAGGGGAAAAAUAGGUUAGAAGUGCCACCACAUGUUUUUGGGAUUGCAGAAUCUAUGUAUUACAACUUGAGGGCGUAUAAUGAAAAUCAAUGUGUUAUUAUUUCUGGUGAGUCUGGAGCUGGUAAGACUGAGGCGGCCAAGCGGAUUAUGCAAUAUAUUGCUUCUGUAUCCUCGUCACAUGAGCAGUCGAUUGGUAAGAUAAAAGAUAUGGUUUUGGCGACGAACCCAUUGUUAGAAUCGUUUGGUUGCGCUAAAACGUUGCGCAAUAACAAUUCUUCGAGGCACGGUAAGUAUUUGGAAAUCAGGUUUAAUUCCCAAUUCGAACCUUGUGCUGGUAAUAUUACGAAUUAUUUGUUGGAAAAACAGAGAGUCGUGAGCCAGAUCAAAAAUGAGAGGAAUUUUCAUAUAUUCUACCAAUUCACGAGGGGUGCAUCAGAUACAUAUAGAAAGAUUUAUGGUGUUCAGUUACCUGAACAUUAUAUUUAUACUUCUGCAUCUGGGUGCACUUCUGUGGAUACUAUUGAUGAUUUGGAGGAUUACAAGGAGACUUUGAAGGCCAUGGGGGUUAUAGGGUUGUCCCAGGCAGAACAAGAUGAAAUAUUUAGGAUGUUAGCAGCGAUUUUAUGGAUUGGCAAUAUCACUUUUGCAGAAAAUGAUGAGGGUAACGCUCAAGUUGGAGACACUACAGUGACUGAUUUCUUAGCUUAUCUUUUACAAGUGGAUCCUGAUUUGUUACUAAAAUCGCUUGUUGAGAGGGUUAUAGAAACCAACCAUGGUAUGAAAAGAGGUUCCAUUUACAACGUUCCACUAAAUAUUGUUCAAGCCACGGCAGUUAGGGAUGCUUUAGCAAUGGCCAUCUACAAUAAUUUAUUUGAGUGGAUUGUAGAUAGAGUAAAUGUUUCACUACAUGCUUUUCCAGGUGCAGAUAAGUCCAUUGGUAUCUUGGAUAUCUACGGAUUUGAGAUAUUCGACCAUAACUCUUUUGAACAAAUUUGUAUCAAUUACGUCAAUGAAAAAUUACAGCAAAUCUUCAUUCAAUUAACCUUAAAGUCGGAACAAGAUGAAUAUGCAAGGGAACAGAUCCAGUGGACGCCUAUCAAAUAUUUUGAUAAUAAGGUUGUUUGUGACCUAAUUGAAGCGAGAAGACCACCUGGGAUUUUUGCCGCACUAAAUGACUCAGUUGCAACUGCUCAUGCAGACUCUAAUGCAGCUGACCAAGCUUUUGCCCAACGGUUGAAUUUCUUUUCAUCGAAUCCACAUUUUGAGGCGCGCUCUUCAAAGUUCAUAAUUAAACACUAUGCCGGUGAUGUAACAUAUGAUAUCGAUGGCAUGACUAAUAAGAAUAAGGAUCAUUUACAAAAGGACUUGGUUGAUUUGAUUGGAACAACAUCUAAUCCAUUUUUGUCAACCAUAUUUACGGAUGGAUCAGAUAGAACUUCGAAAAAAAGACCACCAACCGCGGGUGACAAAAUUAUAAAGAGUGCCAAUGAAUUGGUAGAUACAUUAUCCAAAUCUCAACCUUCAUACAUUAGAACCAUAAAACCAAAUCAAACCAAAUCACCAAAUGAUUACGAUGACCAACAAAUCCUGCAUCAAAUCAAGUAUUUAGGGUUGCAAGAAAAUGUUCGUAUCAGAAGAGCAGGGUUUGCUUACAGACAAACGUUUGAUAAAUUUGUGGAGAGAUUCUACUUGUUGUCGCCUAUGUGUUCUUAUGCAGGUGAUUAUACUUGGCAUGGCGAAACUUUAGAUGCUGUUAAGCAAAUAUUAAAGGACACAUCUAUUCCUACUAAGGAAUAUCAAUUAGGGGUUUCUAAGGUGUUCAUCAAAACUCCAGAAACUUUGUUUGCUUUAGAGCAUAUGCGAGACAAAUAUUGGCACAACAUGGCUGCUAGAAUUCAAAGGGCUUGGAGAAGAUUCUUGCAAAGAAGAAUUGAUUCAGCCAUGCGAAUUCAGCGUGCAAUAAGGGAAAAAAAGCAUGGUAAUAAGUUUGAAAAAUUGCGCGACUAUGGUAACAAUUUAUUGGGCGGUAGGAAAGAGAGGAGAGCUAUGUCUUUGCUUGGCUAUCGAGCAUUUCUCGGUGAUUAUUUGUCAUGUAAUGAGCUGAAGUCUAAAGGUGCUUUCAUUAAAAGGAAGGCUGGAAUUGACGAGCAUGUUAUAUUCUCUAUUGAUGGUGAGUCUUUGCAUUCUAAAUUUGGUAGAUCUGCUCAAAGACUAUCCAAGACUAUAAUAUUAACACCAACCAACUUAUAUAUUAUUGGGAAAACAGUUGUCGAAAAUCAACUUUCUUAUUCCGUGGAUUAUAAAAUUGAUGUGGGCAGGAUCCAAUUUGUGAGCUUGACCAAUCUACAGGAUGAUUGGGUUGGUAUAUUUGUGAAUGGUGCAACUCAUCCAGACCCCUUGAUAAAUACGUAUUUCAAGACCGAAUUAAUUGCACAUCUAAAGAAAUUGAAUAACCGUAUCGACAUUAGAAUCGGUCCAACAAUUGAGUACCAAAAAAAGCCAGGGAAAAUACACAUCGUGAAAUCUCAUGUAAACGAGACGGCUCCAAAAUACGGGGACAUCUACAAAUCGAGUACAAUUUCCGUUCGUAGAGGUCGUCCUGGGAAUUCUGUUCAGCAUAAGAAACCUACGGGUUUGAGUUCUUACGCUUCUGACUUUCCAAGUGCGUUAAACGGCAAUCGUAGUUUUGCUACUGCUAAUUCUAGACCAGUUCCACCUUCUCACACAAAUACUCAAAUUCCUUUUGAGGCCCAGCACCACAAGAAGGCUCCAGAGCCCUUACCAAAUGUGAAUAGGAAACCAGUACAACAUCCUUCCAUGCCAAUUUCAAACCAUGCUGCCAAUGCUGCCAAAGCUGUAUAUCGUCCCGCCCGCCCUGCUAAGACAGCAGGACAUGAACUACCAGCACAAGUUCGCCACCAAGCUCCACAGCAGCAGCAACAACAACAACAACAUGCAAAACAGCCACAAAAUCCGUAUGCCAAAAAACCUGUUAACUCAUCAACACCCGGUAAGACGCCUGUUCAGAGACCAAAUCUAGGAACUUCUACAGAAUCUGCGAAGACCGCCCCACCAUCACCACCCCCUCCUCCCCCACCUCCCGCAGCUAAACCCGCCGAACCUAGAUAUCAAGCUGCUUAUGAUUUUGCUGGAACCGGGUCUGGAAGUGAACUACCUUUAAGAAAAGGCGACAUUAUCUACAUUUCUAAAUCGGAUCCUAGUGGUUGGUCACUUGCUAAAACAUUAAACGGUUCUAAAGAAGGCUGGGUCCCCACAGCUUACAUCGUGGAGUACAAAGAAACUGAUAAUGCGCCAAAGCCUAUAAAUACUCCUGUCCCACCAAACUCUGCUGUUGACUCGGAUCCUACUCCUGCCUCAGGCUUUAGUGCUGGAUUAGCAAGUGCAUUGGCUGCUCGGGCUAACAAGAUGCGCCAUGAAGAUUCUGAGGAGGAAAAAGAUAAUGAGGACGACGAUGACUGGUGA